CUGUCCUUGCUGUGCCAGGCCCUCAAGCCUUCUCUAGCACACACACACACAGUUAAUGGGAGUGGACUUUCCACCCAUAUAGUGGUGAUAAGUGCAUGCAGCCAGCUUGUUUGAAAUCUGGAGGCAGAAAGUGAAACAGCCUGACGAGAGGAGGAAGAUGAGGAUCCUUGUACUUCUACUAUUUUAUCACUAUGCCACAAAGAAUGCCAAAAGUUACAGAACUUCAAAUCCUAACUUUAUUUUAAUCAUGGCUGAUGACCUUGGCAUUGGAGAUCUUGGAUGUUAUGGAAACAAAACUUUAAGAACCCGCAAUAUUGACAAGCUAGCUAAAGGAGGAGUGACAUUUACUCAACAUAUAGCAGCAUCUCCACUGUGUACCCCAAGCAGAGCAGCUUUUCUGACAGGCCGAUACCCUGUCAGAUCAGGAAUGGCUGCAUUGUCAAACAUUGGUGUCUUCUUAUUUUCUGCCUCUUCUGGUGGACUUCCCACUGAAGAAAUAACUUUUGCGAAACUUUUGAAGCAGAAAGGUUAUUCUACAGCUCUUAUAGGAAAGUGGCAUCUUGGGCUGAACUGUAACAGCAGGGAUGACUUCUGUCAUCACCCCCUCAAUCAUGGAUUUGAUUACUUCUAUGGGCUCACCGUGACCAGUCUUAGAGACUGCAAACCAGGGGAAGGCAGUGUGUUUGUGGCAGGGGUUCGAGCAUACCUUGUCACUCCACUUCAGCUCAUCGGCAUUACCCUAAUCUCUUUGGAGGUGCUGUAUUAUAUUGGCCUCCUCAGAAUACCCCAUGGAGCACUGCGCUACUUCUUUUUAAUAUCUACAGUUUUAUUUGGACUUUUGCUCAUUUUCCUUUACACUUUUCGAUAUCUAAACUGCUUCUUGAUGAGGAACCACCAGAUUAUCCAGCAGCCACUGUCCUAUAAGAACCUUACUCAAAGAUUGACAGAAGAAGCUGUACAGUUUAUAGGAAGGAACACUGAUGCACCAUUUCUUCUUUUCCUGUCCUACCUUCAAGUCCACACUGCUCUAUAUGCAUCAAAGGAUUUCAAAGGAAAGAGCAAACAUGGCUUAUAUGGGGAUGCUGUAGAGGAAAUGGACUGGAGUGUAGGAAAGAUUCUGGAUGUGCUAGAGAAAUGGAAUUUGAAUGAUAAGACUCUUGUAUACUUCACAUCUGACCAGGGGGCACACGUUGAAGAAGUCUCUAGCACUGGAGAAGUCCAUGGGGGGUAUAAUGGAAUUUAUAAAGGUCUAUUGGAGGAUGAUUCAUACUAUCAAUGUCUGCUGAAGACUCAGGCCCUGAUUCUUCAACCCUUAUUCACAUCUAGUAGAACGUACUUAUGUGGAAAGGCUACAAACUGGGAAGGAGGUAUUCGUGUGCCAGGUCUUCUUCACUGGCCAGGAGUGGUACAGGCGGGUGUUCAUAUUGAUGAGCCUACAAGUAACAUGGAUAUAUUCCCUACAGUUGUUAAACUUGCAGGGAUACCAUUACCCAAAGACAGAAUUAUUGAUGGACAUGAUCUGAUGCCCUUGCUUCAAGGGAAAAUUCUCCGAUCCAAGCAUGAAUUUCUCUUCCAUUACUGUAAUGCAUAUUUAAAUGCAGUGCGCUGGCAUCCAGGAAACAGUGAAUCUAUUUGGAAAGCUUUUUUCUUCACUCCAAACUUUGAUCCAGAAGGCUCCAACGGUUGCUAUAAUUCCCACGUGUGCUAUUGCUUUGGAAGACUUGUCACACACCAUAACCCACCUCUACUCUUUGAUCUCUCCAGAGACCCCGGAGAGAAGAAUCCACUAACACCAGAGACUGAACAUCGUUUCUAUGAAAUCCUUGAUGUCAUUCAACAAGCAGUAAACAACCAUACAAAAUCAUUGCACAUAGUCGCCAACCAGUUAUCAUGGGGGAAUAUCCUUUGGAAGCCCUGGCUUCAGUUAUGUUGCUCAUCCGUCUUUCUGUCUUGUUACUGUGACCAUGAGUCAGAAGAAAAACUAAGCUUGCCUACCGCAUGACACCUCUGAAACACACACACACAUGCUUUUUGGAUAACAUAUCUGCAAUUUUACCUACAAUAAUUGGAACAAGUGGUAUUGGUAGGUUGUUUUGCUUGAACCACUACAAUACCCAACCUUUACAAUCCCACUGGGGCGCCUAGGACUCUAUCAUAGGUGUAUAGUAUCUGCUGGAAUCCCAAAUCCUACUACAUAGGGUAAACCAUCUUUUAAAUACACCAUUGCCAAAUAUUUUUGGGGGAGGGAAAACCAAUCCUGGACCCUCCAUAUCAGAGGAAAGAGUAUGUUCUGGAGCAGAGCAACCCUUUCUACCCUUGGCAUAAUCCUUUUUCAUGCAAUGUUUGUAUGAAGCAGGAGUGCCUGCCAUAUUCGCAGAUGGUCAUGCUGUAGUCACGCUAUGGAGAGUACUAUUUCUUAAGACCUCUGACUCCAGCUGUGUUCACAAGCUUUGAAGGUAUGUAACUACAGCUUCCAGCUGCAACUGUCAUAUAUCGCUCCUGCCCCCAUUGGUAACUAUCAUCUACUGUUACGAGAGUAUUGCAGCAAGGGAAAAAUAUAAAAAAGAUACCACCAUGAUGAGGACCACAGAACUACCUAGAUAGAUGGACAAACAGACACAGAAACGGACAGAUAAAGAGAGGAUUUGUAGCCGCAUUCAUGACGGGCAAUCAAUGCUGCUAUAAAACAAAAAAUAGAUGACUGACUAUACAAAACAACUUAUGGAUGACUACACAGUAACAGCUGCCCAUAUUUAAUGGGACUAACAGAUGAUGUCACUUGCAUUCCCCAGUUUCUGGGAGGGCAGAUGGGCAUACUGAGCUGCUGACAGGCAGGAAGGCAGAAAAGCAGGAAAAGAAGUGUGUCAUAUGAAGCCUUUUACAGCCACUAAUCAUGUGGAGAGGUCCAACUUGGCCCAGUCAACUGGAUCCAUCCUACUUCGCCAACAAGGUCCAUAAUAACAAACAUCCCAAAACAAGGUCCAAACACUGAAUGGCCAAUUCUGCCCAAUUCAUAUGUCCAAACUCCAAACACAGGCCAUGCUAUGAGGGUCUUUUCUCUCAGUGGCUACUGUGCAAACCAGCUGUUUCACUGAUGGCAGAGAACUACAUUUUUUAAAAAAAAGUCUUGCUUCAAAUGUUUGAAAUUAUUACUUUGAAAACCCCCUGCAAGGUCUGCUAUUUUCUGAGAAGUCUAUACAAAGUAGCUCAGAUUUACCCAAGGCUGAAUGUAUAUACUCUGUAUUCUUAAUAAGGCCUAGGGAAAUCUUUAGCUCUUAUGGGCUAAUUUCAGUACCAGAGUUUACUCUGUAUCUUGUUCACUCACAUUUUCUUUUCAUUCUGCAGCAAAGCAAAUUAUUAUUAUUUUUGGCAGAUAUUAAGAAAACAUAUCAACAAUAUAAACUAAAAUUAUGUGAUGCCUAAUAAUAUGAGACUUUCACCUUGUCACAGAAACAUAGUGAAUUCCUGUCCAUCCAACAACAUAAUGCAUUAAGGCAGGCAUUGGCAACCUUCGGCACGCAGCCCAUCAGGGUAAUCCGCUGAUGGGCCGCAAGAAAUUUUGUUUACAUUGACCGUCCACAGGCACGGCCUCCCACAGCUCCCAGUGGCCGCGUUUCACCGUUCCAGGGAUGUGCUGGCUGCCGCUUCCCGCAGCUCCCAUUGGCUGGGAAUGGUGAACUGCAGCCACUGGGAACUGCGGGGAGCCGUGCCUGCGGACAGUCAACAUAAACAAAAUGUCUCAUGGCCCACCAGUGGACUACCCUGAUGGGCCGUGUGCCAAAGGUUGCCCACCCCUGCAUUAAGGCAAGGGUUCUCAAACUAAGGGUUGCGAGCUGUCAGUUCCUGGGUGGUUGGGUUCCGGCUAUCAAUCCCAUGCCUGGCUGACAGCCGAAGCCCAUGCAUGCACCCAGCUCUGCAGACAGCGCCACCAUCAGCAGCAACACAGAAUUAAGGGUGGCAAUGGGGCACUAAGUCUUCUGUGAAAAGUUUCUUCACAUCCCCCAGCACUAAACAGUAACUAUUUAAAAAAAUAACUUUUCUGCUUAUAACAGUAAUUUGAUAAAAAUGUGGUGUUUUAGUCUUAAUUUAAAAGAGGUGAGAAAAGGCAGAUUCAUUUUAAACAAUAGGGUCAUAAAUUUAGCAUUUAAAAUGUGUUUUCAAUUUCUAAGUAGGGGUCGCACUCAGAGAGUUGCUGUGUGAAAGGGGUCACCAGCACAAAAAGUGUGAGAGUCACUGAAUUAGGGGGUGUUUGAUGGUAUUAGUAAGGCCCUAACACAAUAUGAUCUUUGCUGAUUUAACACUCAAAAACUGCAUUUAGCUAAUAUUUAAAGUUGUGAUGCCGUUUUUUUGAGCUGCCUGUCAUGGUAAUAUAUGUUUUGAUUUAGAGUCUAGCCCUCGGCCUAUUAUAACCUAGUGUUUUAUUUGCCUUUUUUAUGAAACUCAUGCAAUGAAGCUCAAGGUUUCACAGAUUAAUCCAUGGCAUCCAUACAUUUUUCCUGGUAAGUAUGGUGUCAUAUUUCCCAUAUUCCCUAUUUUGGAUGAUUCAUUGCAGAUUUAUCAUUGUACAUUUUUCUAAAAGUUAUGCCAUUCAUGCCAUCUGUAGGUUGACAAUAACAUAGCAAGAUCUUGUGUAUUGUGACAAGUCAGGUCAAAUAACUCCCGGAUAACCCAUAUGGGCUAUUUAUAUUACAGCUGAAAAGCCAUGAGAUGGCCAUUCAGCUUGGUUUCCUGUCUGUUUUAUUAAAUCACAGCAAAUACACGAUAAAUUUAGCAACAAAGAAAUCUGUUUAUGCUUGUUGUACUGCAAGUACUUUUCUGCUGUCAUCUAUGUGAACUUUUCAAGCAUGAAUGUAUGCAACAUUAUACGUUCUCAUACAUUUCUUGCUUACUAUACAGUGAUGUA